AUGACCAGCAGGGAGAGCACCGUCGCCAUGGAAACAGAGAAAGAAGUCAACUCUCCUGCUCAGUGUGAGGGCCACACAGUUUCUGUGAAGGGGCUGAAAGAGAACUGGCAGAAGUGGUGCAGUGAGCACCAGCGGAACCAGAAGCACAACCCGUUCAGCCAUGACAGCAGACACAGCGUGGGGGUGUACCAGGCGAAACUUGACUAUGGAAGACCCCUGCAGGGGUCUCUGACAGAGCAGCGUGGGCAGGAGGCUCACACACACAUCAGCAAAGAGAUUAAGAAGCUAUGCGAGGCAAUAAAGACCAUCGGAGAGCUGAAAGAGAAAGAUGGGGGUGAUGGUGGCAGCAACAGGAAAGUGAUCGCUGUGGAGUUUGGGAAACUGUUCCAGCAUUAUGUGGCCAUCUCUAACAAACUGGUGGGAAUUCUUUUACGGGCCAGAAAACAGAGACUGGUUGAGUUUGAAGGGGAGAUGCUGUGGCAAGGGAAGGAUGAUCAUGUAGUUAUUUUUCUGGUGGAGUGA